AAAAAACUACAUCAUUUGUAGUCCUGUCACAAUUUCGCGAUACUUGCUGUUCUAAAUCUCGCGUGAAGCAGUAGCUACUGUUGUUUGAAAAAUGGCGACAGAAGGCGAGGGAGAUAGUGCGCCUUUAGUUGAAACUGAGGCUGGAGAGGGUGAUGCAGCAUUUGGAGACUUGACAACCAACAUGGACACAGAAUCCUCAAAUGGCAAAGAAGCUAUGGACACCGCUGGAGAAGGGUCGGAAGCAGCAGAUGCUCAGACCGCUUCGGGGGACGAGGACAACGGACGGCAGCUUGGGGAGGUGGAGCUGCAGUGUGCGCUCUGUAUGAAGUGGUUCACCGCCGACACGUUUGGAAUCGACACGUCAACUUGUCUUGCAUUCAUGACCAACUAUGUGUUUCACUGCAAUGUGUGCCAUCACAGUGGCAACACCUACUUCCUGAGGAAACAAGCCAAUUUGAAGGAGAUGUGCCUCACUGCUCUGGCUAACCUGACAUGGCGGUCUCGGACUCAGGACGAGCACCCAAAGACCAUGUUCUCCAAAGACAAGGACAUUAUCCCGUUCAUUGAUAAGUACUGGGAGUGCAUGACCACCAGGCAGAGACCUGGGAAACUGACCUGGCCAAAUAACAUUGUGAAGACCAUGAGCAAAGAGCGGGAUGUUUUUUUGGUUAAAGAGCACCCUGAUCCCGGAAGCAAGGACGCGGAAGAGGACUACCCCAAGUUUGGACUCCUUGACCAGGAUCUCGCCAAUAUUGGACCCUCUUACGACAAUCAGAAACAAACAACUUCUGUCGCAACUCCGGGUGGACUGAACGCUGUACGUUGUGUUCCAGGUGGAUCAGCCUUUGCAGGUGCUCUGGCUCCUGGCGGGACGGGGAAAGGCCGUGGAGCCAAACGCAAGCAGCAGCAGCAGGAGGGGGGCACGACGGGCGCCGCCAAGAGAACUCGCAGCGACCCGCUCUUUUCUGCCCAGCGUCUGCCCCCCCAUGGGUACCCCCUGGAGCACCCCUUCAACAAGGACGGCUACCGCUACAUCCUGGCGGAACCAGACCCCCACGCGCCGGACCCAGAGAAGCUGGAGCUGGACUGCUGGGCGGGGAAGCCCAUUCCUGGGGACCUGUACCGAGCCUGCCUGUACGAGAGAGUCCUGCUGGCCCUGCAUGACCGAGCUCCCCAGCUGAAGAUUUCGGAUGACCGUCUGACAGUCACUGGGGAGAAGGGCUACUCCAUGGUGCGGGCGUCCCACGGAGUGAGGAAGGGCUCCUGGUAUUUUGAGGUGUCCAUCGACGAGAUGCCCCCCGAUACAGCCGCCAGGCUGGGCUGGUCCCAGCCUCUAGGUAACCUGCAGGCCCCGCUGGGCUACGAUAAGUUCAGCUACUCCUGGCGCAGUAAGAAGGGAACCCGCUUCCACCAGUCCGUAGGGAAGCACUACUCGGACGGCUACGGGCAGGGGGACAUCCUGGGCUUCUUCAUCGAGCUCCCGGAGAACACUGAGACCGCCAAGGCCCUGCCCGACACCUACAAGGACAAGGCACUGAUUAAGUUCAAAAGCUACCUGUAUUUCGAAGAGAAGGACUAUGUGGACAAGGCAGAGAAAAGCCUUAAAGCUGUGAACCCCAGCAGAAUGAUAUUUUAUAAGAAUGGCGUGAACCAGGGUCUGGCCUACGAGAAGCUGUUUGAGGGAAUGUACUUCCCCGCCAUCUCUCUCUACAGGGGCUGCACGGUGUCGGUAAACUUUGGACCACAAUUCAAAUACCCUCCUAAGGAUAUCAAGUACCAACCAAUGAGUGACAUGGGCUGGGGGGCCGUGAUAGAGCACACGCUAGCGGACAUGCUGUACCACGUGGAGACUGAGGUGGAUGGCCGUCGCAGCCCCCCUUGGGAGGGCUAACCCCCCCACCCCAUCAACAUUACUGUCCCCCAGAACCCAAUUUGCCUCAUGCCACACAGUCAGGGCUAAAUCCUCCACAUCCCAUUUGAAACGUAAGAACCUGCAACCCAACCAUAUUGAUCAUGAUCAAGGUGAAUCGGGUCCCAUAGAACUCACUGAUUUACACUAUGUGGCUUACAGUACAUAGUUUGUACAUUUGACUUUCCUGUAGUAGCCUAAGACCGCUUGGGACUUCAGAGAACAGUUAUUCCUGCGUAUGAAUAAUUAUAAAUGUCUCCAUGGCACUCCCUGUCAGUGACUUGGUGAGCUAAUUAUAUUGUGCCUAUGUUUUUCAUUGGAAAUGACACAAGUCCACGAAGGGAAGUUUUUGAGCUCAACAUGCAGCGCUUUGUGACCCACUUCUCUUCCCAUAUUGUACUGGGGCUGUUUAGACCAACUAGACAGCAUUCAUUUCCGAGUAAACCGUCAUGCCUCUUAGGAAGAUAUGAUGUGUCUGAGUGUAACGUGUGCACUUCGCCUGGCUUAAGGCCCAUUGUGUACAUCAGAGCUCAAAAUGGGCAGUUCUGAUCGGAGGGAAGUGACUGGGAGCUGUAGUUCUUUUCACUGGUGUGAAUAGCCAAUCACCUGCUAGCUCUGACUGCUCAUCAGUCCUGGGGAAAGGCCCCCUUACCACGCCACUCAGCCCAUUCCAGUCUGUUCAGCCAGUAUUUCCACACAGUCGUAUUAAACGGUCAGAGAUAUGUACAUUCAUACUGCAUGUGCCAGCUUAGACGAUUUUUACCCCCUCGCUUGACUAGCCAGUGAAGUUAAUGAGCCCUGUCAUCAUUGCAAUUUCUGUAAAAUAUUUUUUUUUAUUAUUUUGUAUUGAAACUGAUUUUAAAUAAAAGUUUAAGUGGUG